UACGGCAGCAUCUCCCAUCAGUACAUUCAACGCGAUGCCAUGCGCUACAAUGCGCGCAUGUCACGUGCAACCCUAAGCAUCUCGCUUCGGGCUGUGUUGCUGCUUCUUAUCGUGUUGCUGCAGCUGCUGAGCCCACUUCUGCACGGCCAUUUCGGAAUUCCGAAACAGACUGGCCUGCACGUGCACACCGCGCUUUCUGGCGCGGUUGAUUCUCAUUUUCAAUCCCUCGGAUCUUCCCAUCAUCGAGCCUCCGCGCAUGAGGGGUAUGCUCUUGAUCGCGAGCUGGCUCUGACGAGCAGGGAACCCUUUGAGGUUGAUGUAGAGCCCUCGAUCGGUCCAUCGGAUCUCGCCGGAUUUCUUUGGGCUGCUGCGGGGCCUGGGUUAUCGGCACUCACCUUUCUUCUGCUGGCAGCGCUUGCCUGUUCAGCCAUAUCACGCCCAGUCUUUCGGCCAGCACCAAUUCGCGCGCGCUGGCGCGAUCGCAUCAAUCGAACGCCUCCAGCGCAGGCUCCCCCACCGGCCUGCUGA